AUGAAUUCAGCCAUGAGCACCCGUGUGCUGCGCGCAUUUGCGCGGGCCCAGCGCACGAUUCCCCAAUCCAUUCCACGAGCGUCUGCCACAGUAUCGAGAUCACCAGCAGCCCCUACACUUAAUGCGUGCCUACGCAGUCAAUUUCAUACGAUAUCUCCAAGAUUGAGGAAGGAAGAUUCAAAGGAAUACCAGGGAGGCACCGAUUUUAGCGAGUUGGACGUCUUGGGAGGUGUCCCGAAGCCCUCGACCUCGAUCGACGUGUGCAUGUCGGACGGCUUCUCGCUGAACAGCGGCGUCAAGAUAUUGGAUGGCAAUGCCGCACUUCUCGUCGGCGGAGAGGCCUUUGAGUGGCGACCGUGGGAAGCCAAGGGUUCUAUGAACCUGAUCAAUGCCAAAGGACAGUUCGAGGUGCCGCCCGAGGCAUUUGGCGUGCUAGACCUGCUCUGGCCACGACCUGAUCUGCUCAUUAUCGGUGUCGGUCCCAAGAUGGUACCGCUCAGCCCGGCGACAAGGAAGUAUCUGAGCUCCAUCGGCAUCCGCGUCGAGAUAUUGGACACCAGGAACGCGGCAUCUCAAUUCAAUCUGCUUGCUACCGAGCGGGGUGUCGACGAUGUUGCGGCUGCUCUGAUUCCCAUCGGAUGGGUCGAGGGCAAGGGCGCUGCGUGA